CUCUGACGCGGGGCUAUGGAGGCUCCUGGCGCGCUGCUGGUGAUGGGUGUGAGCGGCGCCGGGAAGGAGAAGAAUGAAGUUGCUGUCAGUGACUUCACAGUAACAGUCACCGAAUCACACUGCCUGCCACAUGCACUUUCAUUUUGUUUUAAAGCUCGGAUGGAAAUUCUAUGAUGCAGAUGAUUAUCACCCAGAGGAAAAUCGAAUGAAGAUGAGCAAAGGAAUACCCCUGAAUGACCAGGACAGAAUUCCAUGGCUCUGCAAACUGCAUGACAUUUUACUAAGAGAUGUAACUUCAGGACAACAUGUGGUUCUAGCAUGUUCAGCUCUGAAGAAAAUGUACAGAGACAUCUUGAUCAGAGGAAAAGACAAUACACCUUGGAAGUAUGCUGAAUCUAGCAAGGAAGAAGAGCCAGCUGAGAUGAAACUCCUUGUGGUUUAUCUGAGUGGGUCACCUGAGGUUAUUGCCGAACGUCUGUCCAAAAGAAAAGGCCAUUUCAUGUCCCCUGAUUUAUUGCAGUCCCAGUUUGAUAUCCUGGAACCACCAUCAGCUCCAGAAAAUUUCAUCCAAGUCAGUGUGGAAAAAAACCUUCCAGAGAUCAUCACUGAUAUUAUGAAAACAAUGAAAUAAUAUUUC